AGCAGAACGCUUCUUGAUGGCUAGAUAUCUACUUCCACCAUCCGAUAAUAGCUCGACGAGAGAGAAGAGGAUCUAUCAAUCUUCGCUUAAACUUCGGAGGAUAGAGCGGACCCAGACGAGCAUCGGUGGCUGCAAGCUCCGCUACCGGAAGCGCAUGCGCUUUCUCAACCUCGCAACUCAGCCCGUGAGCAUCGCAAAGGUCUCUUUUGCCAGCACUUGUCGUCGCAGCUUGCCUUUGCGUGGCUGCGAAGCGUCCAAGUCGCGCCGACGGCUCGGCCGAAUCUGACAUAUACUAUCCGACCUACUGUAGGCUUACUGUUCGGGAGACCAUGGCCUCCACCGUACAGGGUCAGCUGAGCGUUGCGCCCUUCCGUCACUUCGUCGACUCUCAAUCCCCAUUCCUGAAAAACAUCCAGGACCAAGACCCAGUCGCGCAUGCAGAACAGGCUCUCGAGCGUGUACCACCACUGGCCAAGAUGGUGGGUAUGUGGGAGAAGCUGAUCCAGGAGCCAUUUAAGGGCGUCACAGUCGAUGGAAAUGUCCGACCCGGUCUCUUCGAAAAGACGGACGACGGUACCGACACCGAUGCCAUCGUCUCUGCCGCAGAGGCAAUAGUUGCUGCCUUGACUUCGCAGCAGAGAGCUCAGGUCGUGCUACCACUAAACGCCCGCGAACGUCGCAUGUGGCAAAACACGCACCUCUACUUUCCCAUGUCCCGUCUCGGCAUCCGCCUCGACGAAGCCAGUGGCGAACUUCAAACCCUCGUCCUCAAGCUCCUCGCCUCCGCGAUGUCGCCCGAAGGCUACCAGAAAGCCCUCCUCGCCACGGAAACCAACGCCUUCCUCGGCUCCCUCUACCACGCCCUGGCCAUCCUGAACAAGCACUCCUACAACUUCAUUCUCUUCGGCACGCCAUCUCCCACCGAGCCUUGGGGCUGGACCUUCUACGGCCAUCAUCUCUGCUUGAACUUCUUCAUAUAUGGACGACAUAUCGAGAUCGCCCCGACGUUCAUGGGCGCGGAGCCGAACAUGAUCGAUGAGGGAGCGUUGGCGGGCACGGAAUUGUAUACCGCAGAGCAGGACCUCGGGCUGCAAUUUAUGCAGUCUUUACCUCCCGACCAGCGGAAGCAAGCCCUAAUCGGUACUGACAUUGACGCCAAAGCCUCACCAGCAAUGGCGCUGACGGGAGCAUUUAUGGACAAUCGCGUCAUUCCGCCGCAAGGUCUCCAGCUCUCGUCAUCCUACAUUAUUCCAAUCCUGGCGCUGAUCGAGCAAUUCACCCUCUACCUUCCCAAGCAAGCACGGCAGCGCAGACUUCAGCAGAUCUCCACGUUCAUGAGUGAGACGCACUUCUGCUGGGUGGGCGGAUACGGUGCGGAAGACAAGUUUUACUAUCGCAUCCAGAGUCCGGUCAUUAUUGUGGAGUUUGAGCACUGUCCUAGCAUCUUUCUGGGUAACACGAAGGCGGAGAAGUUUCACAUCCAUACGCAUGUUCGCAUGCCGAAUGGAGGGGACUAUGGGAUGGCAUUGUUGCCGGAUGGAGUCAGGUGUUGACAUGACGGGUGGGCAACAUCAAGUGUGUGUGAGCAGCCGGUGUUACGUGGGACAGUUGGUUGGGGUAAGAGCAAUACUCAACGGCUCAUGGCGCUGACAAUCUCCUCUCAGCUUCGACGUUUGUAUUGGGAUAGGACGCUACUUGACUUCUUCGCAGCGAGCUUCGAUUUCAUCGUCUGAAUUGAUCCCUUGCGGCCAUCCCGUCGCACAUGCUGCGUACACAUAUACUGGCAUUCCAUCUGGGUUGUGCUUAUGUUGCUGAUGCGCUCCGCCAAUGUGCCGCAGCUUUUUUGGCACUAGCGGCGACCAUAGUAUUCUUAUGAUGCUCAAUCGG